UCAGGGCCUGAGCUACAGGCAGUUAGAUUUGGGUAUGUAAUUUUAGGCAAAAAUUGAAAAAAGGGGCUAAUCCUUAAGAUUUUUAAGAUAUAUUUGUUAACAUGCCAUAUUCGAAGCACUUAAUUUUUUUUGGUUGGGCGCAAUUUAGGUUACGCUAUUUGAUUCGGAGAAACGUGCAUGAUGUAAAAAGUGUCUGUCUCAUGACAUUGUCAUAAAUUUGAUCUCUACUCCAGCCUGUAUUCUACAGAAAAGGCCAUAUACUCUUUCUACCUUAUGCUAUAGGCUACAUGAUUUAUGUUAGAUGAUUUGUUGACGGAAUGUUGGAGUGCCGCAGCGGUUCGUCUCUCCAACAGCACCCUGGAGAGACACACUCGGCAUGGACAAGAAAAAUAUUUUGCUUCCCUGCUUUUGACAAAGUGAGCACUGCUUAUCACAUGGCGGCAUCGGCAUUCACCUAAAUAGCCCAUGUGCCAAAGGAUGAAUGCUCUGGUAGCUCUCUGUCAUUUCUGUGAGCUCCAUGGCCCCCGCACCCUGUUCUGCACCGAGGCUCUGCACCCCCCGUCCCCCACACCCUCCCAGGCUGGCGCCCCCAUACCCGGGGACAGGGAGUCGGACAGAGAGGGAGAGGGACUCACCAUGAGGGCAAACAGCUCAGCUACACAGAGAGGAGACAUGUGCGAGGGCUGCCGAUCUCUCCAGCGUCUCACCCUGGCUUCGUCAGGUGCUGGACAGUGA